UAUUGAUAAAUUUGGGGUAAAAAGAAAAAUUGGGGAUGUGUUAAGUAGCGGACGACAAGCCCAAGAUUUGGGCAGCCCAGAAAAAAUUCAACCAACUCAAAAAGUAGAAUGUAAAGAAAAAAUAAACAAAAAAAUAAAGUCUGAUAUAAAAUCUAUGGAAGUAAAAACAACUGUAUUAAAAAGCCCAAAAAAAAGCAAGAACGAACAAACAAUUAUCAAACUAGCCCAAAUAAUUAAAAGAGAGUUAUUUCGGCAAAAAGUAAAAAGAGAUAAGCCUAUUUAUAAGUAUAUGAAUGAAUUAAUAAUAAUUCGCACUGAAAACAGCAAAGAACUAAAAGCUUUUCUCCAAAAGAAGCGUAUCGAUUACGAGACUUAUCCUUAUGAUGCCAAGCAAACUCAUCGGGAAAAGUGGUUAAAAGAUAUUGAUUUAGCAAAUAAAGACGAAAAACUUAAAAGAGGAGAAAUUUGGUUAGUAAGAUUUAAAAAAAAGAAAAGUCUUGGCACCGAAAUUUGGAAAGACCGUCCUGCUCUAAUCAUUUCGGCUGAUUGGCAAAAUGCCAAAAACGGAAAAAUUAUGACUGACCAGGUUCAUAGUUUUGACAAGAAAAAAAGAUUAGUUAGGAAAUUAGGAAUUUUGCCAGAGGAAACAUUAAAGAAAGUGGAAGAAACUUUGCAAGAAUUAUUAGAUCAGGGGACAUUGGAAAUAGCGAAAAACGCUGAUUUAGUUAUUCAACCAGUCGGAGCGAGCAAUGAUGAUUUAAUGCCGGCGGUGAAAGAAUUUAAUGCUUUAAAAAAGGCGGGAAUAAACAAAAAUAAACUUUUAUUUGUUCUAACUCGCUUAUCUACUCCCAAAGAAGCCGAAGCAAUAAAAGAAUACUUAAAAGAUACUGCUUAUUCGUUUACUAAUAAUUAUCUCUCCGAAAAAACUAGUUAUAAACAAACCCAAAACGAGGGUAGAAGUAUCACCGAAGUUAGUUAUAAAAACAAAAUUAAAAGGAAAGGGCUAGGUAUUGCUCCGCAAGAGGCUAGUGAAAAUAUUCAAGCUUCCGAGUUAGCUCCACGAGAUAAAAGGUUUACGGGACGCACUAAACAGUUAGGGUUAAGUGUGAAACCAGAAUUCUCUAAGCGGUUAAAAAUGAUAGCUGCCGAAGAGGAUUGUUUUGUGAUAGAAGUAUUAGAAAAAGC